AUGACCACAAGACAAGUUAAUCCAUCGUCAAAGCAAAGUGAUCGCACGGUCCGAGGUGGCGGCAGACCGCCUAUAGGCAGCGCUCCCCGGCGCUCAGUCCUUUUACUGGGCGGGCGAGCCCGUGGUGUAGGCUGGGACGGCCCGGGGGUGCCACUGCCAGUCCUGCCUGUCUGCGUGCCCUCGGCGGGGACUGGGCGACAGCCGCCCGCCGGUUGGCUGCGGAGCCCCGGCAGCGAGCUAGGGAGCGGAGCGGCGCCGGAGCGGGGAGAAGACGACAGCAGAUGCUGGGGCGCGCCGUGCCUUGCCCCGGGCCGGGACCGCGCCCCGGGGCCCCCCGACGGGCGAGGACCCCCACUCCCGGCCCCAGCCCUUCUCCGCCCCCGCGGCCCGCUGACAGCCCCGCCGCUGCGGGGGGGCCGCGCUGGGGAUACGUACGGCGUGGGGGAUCCGACGGCGGACGGGGCUCCGCGGGACGCUCCAUGGGCGAGCCUAGAGGGGCUGAGUGCCGCGGCGCAGCCCGCCACCCCUGCGCAUCUCCUCGCCGCGCUCCGCGCCGAGGUGUCCCGCGGCCGCUGUGCAUCCAGCGCAGGCACUGUCAGGGCGGCGGGGCGGCUGGCAGGCUCUCCCCCCCUUGCCUACCCUUCUCCGCACACGGCCGCCCUCUGGAUCCGCCGAGCAGGACACUUACGGGAGGAGGGAGCUGCCCGGGCUGCCCGCUCGCCUUCGGCUGGGGGCGCGGGCAGGAGCGGCGGCACCGGCGCUCCGGGGCGUCCAGAGCGAUUUGUCUCUAUUAAAAAUGACUUAUUGGCGAUUUUUCCAUCUCCCUCUGCGGUGUCCCGUGCAUCGACAGUACUGCUCCGCCUGGGAAGUCAGCGCGCGCCCGCCAGCCAGGCACGGAGGUGGCAGGAUCGCGGAGCCCAGAUGGGUGACGGCUGCGGGAGCCGGACUCCAGGAUGGAAGGGUUGCUUCUCCCACGCUAGCAGGAACCUGUAG